AGAGCUCUCGGUAGUCGACGAUCAGUGUGUGCGUAGCUCCGUACUUUACGCUGGAUUCUCGCUCCGGUGGGAGGAUGGACGAUGUGUCGCUCUGUGUGGAGGCGACGGAGACCUCGCUAUUCCCAAACUGCACCGGCAAUUUUGAAGAGGACACAGUGAAUGCUGGGAUGCACACCUUUAACCAGACGCACAUGAGGAAAGCUUUCCAGCUGAUGAACGAACUGAGAAGUAAAAAGAUGUUGUGUGAUGUCCAGCUGGUGGCGGGACCUGUUGAAGUGUCUGCUCACAGGGUGGUUCUGGCUUCAAGUAGCCCCUACUUUUGUGCCAUGUUCACAGGUGAUAUGAGUGAAAGCAAGGCUGAUCAGGUGGAGAUCAGAGAAAUGGAUGGACAGACGCUGAGAAAACUGAUCGACUACAUCUACACAGCUGAGAUAGAAGUCACAGAGGAUGAUGUCCAGGUUCUACUGCCAGCAGCCAGUCUCCUCCAGCUGAUGGAUGUGCGUCAGGCUUGUUGUGAGUUCCUGCAGUCACAGCUGCACCCGUCCAACUGUCUGGGCAUCAGAGCCUUCGCUGACCUCCAUACCUGCACACAGCUCCUGAGUCAGGCCCACGCAUAUGCUGAGCAGCACUUUGAUGAGGUGGCACAUGGAGAGGAGUUCCUUGGACUUUCUCUGCAAGAGGUGUGCAGCCUCAUCUCGAGCGACAAACUCACCGUCUCCGCAGAGGAACAGGUGUUUGAAGCCAUGAUGACUUGGAUUAAGCACGAUAAACUGGCUCGUCUGGAAUACAUGCCCAAACUGAUCGAACACGUCAGACUUCCACUACUGUCCAGGGAGUACUUGGUACAGAUUGUUGAAAAAGACGUUUUGAUAAAGAACAACAACACCUGUAAAGAUUUUCUCAUCGAAGCCAUGAAGUACCACCUUCUGCCCGCCGACCAGCGACACCUCAUCCAGACAGACAGGACGCGACCACGCACCCCCAUCGGCAUCCCCAAGGUGAUGAUUGUGGUGGGGGGUCAGGCUCCAAAGGCCAUCACCAGCGUGGAAUGUUACGACUUCCAGGAAGAUCGCUGGUACCAUGUGACUGACUUGCCUUCCAGGCGCUGUCGAGCAGGUGUCGUUUCCGUAGCGGGCCGAGUGUUUGCAGUCGGAGGGUUCAAUAGUAUAGUACGGGAGCGGACGGUGGACGUGUACGAUGGAACCACAGACCAGUGGAGUGGCGUGUCCAGCAUGCAGGAGAGGCGGAGCACGCUGGGAGCCGCUGUGCUGGGAGAGUUACUGUACGCUGUGGGAGGCUUCAACGGAAACAUGGGUUUGUCCUCAGUCGAAGCCUAUAAUCACAAAACCAACGAGUGGACGUACGUGGCGUCGAUGAAUACGCGACGCAGCAGUGUGGGUGUUGGCGUGGUCAACGGUAAGUUGUACGCAGUGGGAGGCUACAAUGGCGCAUCCCGUCAGUGCCUCAGCACGGUGGAAGAAUAUGACCCGGUCACUGACCGGUGGUGCUACGUGGCUGAUAUGAGCACACGGCGCAGUGGAGCAGGUGUGGGCGUCCUGGGUGGACAGCUGUACGCAGCCGGAGGACAUGAUGGCCCUCUGGUGAGGAAAAGUGUGGAGGUGUACGAGCCACACAGCAACACGUGGAGACUCCUCUCUGACAUGAACAUGUGUCGACGUAACGCAGGCGUCUGCUCCGUUAACGGGCUGCUGUACGUGAUCGGUGGUGACGACGGCUCGUGUAACCUUUCCUCUGUCGAGUUUUAUAACCCGACCACAGACAAGUGGAGCCUGAUUCCCACCAACAUGAGCAACGGACGCAGCUACGCCGGGGUCGCAGUGAUUGACAAGCCGCUAUGACCGCCGCCCUCCCGCCAUAUCAGCCGGAUUCGCAGUGAGGAUGUCUGGAGCUCAUUGGCGAGCGCAGGACAGGGCGCCCUCGUGCUCAUCUCACAUACCAGGAAGUGAACACAAGAGGAUUUUAUUGGUGCUAACUCACUUACUUUUAAAGUGGCGCAGCAAGCGAGUGCAAGCAUUAUCGCAGUGAAGGAGUUUUUAAAUGGCGAGCGUGUCGCAGAUGGCCGUGUUCUGAUUGGACUGCGGGGUCAUAACAUUCACACGGCGUCGUUCAGGCCGACCAAGCCUGGGACACCAGCGACUGAAGGAGCCACACGCUGUGAUGGUGCAAUAAGUAGGACGCAGAUAAAGCCGGCUUCUGAUGAGCUGCUGCACUCGCCAAACUGAUUUCCUCCUUGACUUUAUGAGGAAACCUUGGUGCUUUUUUUUUUCUUUUCUUUUCUCGAGACUGGCACCAACUUAUUUCAUUGUUUUUAAAGCUGUGAGAAUUGAACUGACUGAAACCAAGCAAGCACCAAGCAUGGUGGCACCUUUGAGAAUAAUCACGGUUAUUGUUGCACCGCGGCUGCCGCAGACCGUCUGAUGUUCAACCGUGAGGACGUAAAGAAGGAAGAAACUCGUCUAUGCAAAAGAACUGCGAUAUUUGUGACGAGGUGGAGCCUCGCUGCACGUCACACAGGGCCACUCGGCAGUGAGAUGGAGGUUGGCACACUACUGAAAUGUUGUACACGUGCACUGAUAGACAGGCUUUCUGAUUGGCUGGAGGGAUGCCCGCUUUCUUCUGAUUGGUUGUCACUCAGUCUGCUGCACAGGGUUGAACUCGUCACUUAAGCCCGUCAUCAGAAGAUGUUCAGUAGUAUUUUUAUUUUAUUUUUUACAUCUUGAUAAAAUGCACUGUUGUCAAUUGCACUGUAAUAUUCUUUUUUUUUUUUUUAGUUUUUGUGUCAUAGCUCAUACUUUUAUAUUUUUGGGUCAAACGGCAGCUCGUUGUUAUGAAACAAACCGUAAAAUAGAAGCUGCUGUAGUUGAAAUUAAAAGCACCUCACAUAUUUGAAAUAGUA